UUGCCCGCAGUCGCACGGGGCUUCGACCGCCACCAGUCGCCGCCGUCCUCGCCGAAACGCUUGCAUAUUGAUCGCUUUCAUUACAAUGUUUUGACAUUCCGAAGUGAAUAAAAAUAAAAUAUUAUUACCCUGACUAUACCGUACAGAAAACGUAAAUCAGUGUAUAAAAUAUUUUACAGUUAAAGUUAAGUUAAAAUUAAAAUCUGGUUCAUUUUUACAUAAGAAAAAGCAACUAAGGAUGAGAGACACUAAAGCUGGUGAUGGCGCUCAUGAGGUCAUGUUAGCGAAGGGCCGUACACCACAAACGGCCAGUAAAGAAGCCAGAAGUGCCGAAGAAUAUGAAGCUCUUCAAAGUUUUCUACGAAGUAUUAGUUCCACAGCGACUCUACCGCCUUACGUGAAAGGAGAGACAUAUUCAUCCGUUCGUGGCGUUUUCAAUCAGUGUCUAAUAACCUGCGCGGUUCUCAUUUUGGCAGCGGGUGCAGGUCAUCCAAUCGGAUUUUCAGCUGUCGCCUUACCACAACUACGAAAAGAAAACUCUUCGAUGACAAUUGAUGAUGAAAUGGGUUCUUGGAUAGCAAGUAUCCACUCAGCAGCAACGCCAUUGGGAUCAAUGUUAUCUGGUCCUAUAAUGGAAGCUAUAGGGCGGCGGAAAACUCUACAAGCAUCUACUCUCCCCCUGGUAAUAGGAUGGAUUCUUAUCGGUACAGCUUCCCAUCAUGCUGUUCUACUUUUGGGAAGAAUCGUUUGCGGUUUUGCAGUCGGAACUCUUGCGGCACCUUCACAAGUAUACUUAGGAGAGAUCUCGGAGCCUCGAUUAAGAGGCUUGCUCAUAGGAACACCUUUUGUAGCAUACUCAUUAGGGGUGCUUUACGUGUAUGCUCUCGGAGUAGCUCUAACAUGGCGAUCGGUAGCCCAUUUAUCAAUAGUGCUGCCGGUUUUGGCAUUUAUAGCUUUAUGCUUCUCACCCGAAAGCCCAACUUGGCUAGCACGACGAGGACGUUUCCACGAAGCUAUGGCAGCUAUGUCAAGGUUGCGUGGAGACUCUGAUACUGCUCAGCGGGAACUACAUGAGUUAAUAUCAGCCCGGGAGAAGGAAAAGGCUCGAGGAGAAGAGACUAUCCGUUUUCUCGCUACGGUUCUUCGGCCACCGGUACUGAAGCCACUGCUUCUUAUCAACGCAUUCAACAUGCUACAAAUCAUAUCUGGAAGUUAUGUUGUUAUAUUUUACGCUGUGGAUAUAGUCAAAGACGCAGGAGGAUCUCUUAACCCUCAUAUAGCAGCAAACGCGAGCGCAUGCGUCCGACUAGUCGUAACGGUAGUCGCCUGCGUCCUCCUGCUGAAAGUGACCCGACGAUUCCUUGUUAUGGUCUCGGGUAUCGGCACAGCAGUGUGCACGCUAGCUCUCGCCUUCCUUCUUAGUCAAGGUCCCGGAACAGGCGUAGCUCCACCGAUCCUCAUUCUUGGUUACGUCGCUUUUAAUACCCUGGGCUUUUUCCUCUUACCUGGUCUCAUGAUUGGUGAACUGCUUCCCACUAAAGUCCGCGGUCUUUGUGGAGGCUACAUUUUCUGCCUAUUUAAUACUGUUCUAUUCGGUUUCACAAAAUUGUACCCUAUUAUGCAAAAAAGCAUCGGCAUGGCUGGUGUCUUUGGUCUUUUUGGCGCAUCCGCAUCUCUUGCUACUAUCGUAUUAUUUUUGCUACUUCCAGAAACGAAAGGUAAAUCGCUUAUCCAAAUAGAACAGUAUUACCAAAAGCCUAAUAUACUUUGGGUAACACGUAAAAAGACAUCUGAUACUCAGAACAUCUGAAAACAUAAAAGUAUUAUAUUACUCGAAUAAAUAUACACCUACUUAGGUACAUACCUACAUUCAUAAAAGCAGUUUCGGAGAGCUGGUGGCAUUUUAUUAUCGGUAAUUAAUGAUUUAAUGCGAUAACGAUAUUUCUGGUGUAAACAUGUCUCAUAUAAAAUCUAUUUUAUUUAUUUAUUUAUUAUUUGGCACAAUUACACGAUACAAAUCAUGACAUUUGUUAUAAGAAUAAAUUAAACAAAAGAAAAUAGAUAAAUUUACAUCUCUAUAACAACUACGCACAACAUGCGAUCGUGACAGAAUAUUGCCUAAAAUAUAAUAUUUAAGUUUCCUUUUCAAUAUUACUUACUUACUUUUUUAUUUUUACACUACUUUAAACGUUAUUUAUAUUUUAAAUAUACGCGUGUUUUGUGUGAGGAAAAUCUCAAAAAGCAAUCGAAAUUCAAAUCAAGUUAAAUAUAAAAUAAUAUUUGCCUUAAUUAAAUCCAUACAUACCCUGGUUGAAUUAUUUGUUAAAAAAAAAAAAAAAAAAAAAAAAACUUAAAAAGUCUUUAUAAGACUUUUAAAAGAAUUAGUCAGAAUAAGUCAAAAUAAGUCUUUAUAACUCUGAAAACGUCAAAUAUUCUCUGAAAAUUCGGACUUUAUUGAAAAACUCUGAACAACUAAUCUGACUUAUUCCUUUAAAAUUGUUCACAUACGAGUAUUGUUUAGCUACAAAUAAUAUUAAAUGUAGGUGUGAUCUUAUUUAAAAGUAGUGUAAUGUAAAAUUAGGAUAAGCUUGCAUACCUUUUAAGGUUGUUUAUCUUGCCUGGUCUCCAAAUAUUACAUAUUUAUAAAUAAUUAUAUACGUAUAAUAUUUUUAUAAUGCUUUUUAACAUUGACCAAUUUAUGACCUAAAUAUAAUAUUAUCUGCUUGACGGAUUCAAAACUAAGUACUUAAAAGCUGUGAGAAUCAUAUUAAAACAAAUUUACAAUGUAGUGCUUUUAUUACAAUGCAGGGUUUUAAUUUACAAUGUAGGGGAAAUUUAUAUGAAUAUUUUUACCCAUUAUUAUUAUUAUUGUAUUGAAAAAACAAAACAAGUUUACUACAUUUUGUGGUCCAAUAAAGUUAAAAAAUUACUUAGCAUCGAUUCAUAACACUGACAAUAGUAAGAGGUGUUUGAUACACCCAAUAAUACGUAUUUAUGUUUACAUAGGUAUUUAAUACUAUUAGUUAUAUAUUUAAGUGUAAAGUAAUUAAAAAUAUUAUUAAUGUGCGUCUAAUAUAGCUAAAAAAUAUUGCAAUAGCACAAAUAAUUUCUUUUUAGUAAAUGUCACGCAUUAUUGAUAUAAUGAUACGAAAUUUUGUAAUGAUUAUUGAAAAAGAUAUUUAAACUUUUUUAUAAUUGACAGGUUAUUAAGAAGCGUUGUUUCUUAUUCUGUGUUAUGUAAGGUGUGCCGUUAACAGAAUUAGAAAUAAUUUAAUCACGGGACUAAAUAUAAUUUUAGUUCAGUUUAGCACUAUUGCCUAUGUAUACAUUUAUUAAGAUUAUACAAUAUUUACCAAGUCAUGUUAUUUCUCAUGUACCUAUACUGAAAUUUGUCACUAAGAAUAGUUUUACAACUAGAUACAGCAAUUUGUGAUAUGAGAUUUUUAUCUGUGAUCCAGUGGCCAUAGUAAAUACAACCUAGGUGCUGCUUAAACGAUUUAUUUAUGUAUGAACAGUAAUUUUGUAUUAGUAUUAGGAUGUUGAUUGUGAUAAAAAUAAAUAUAUGUUCAAAUUAAA